AUGUUUGGGUCAAAUGCCAAUUCCAGCAAGGAUGAGGUCGUGCUCAUAUCCAUGACCUCCAAGACAGUUGUUUCUCAUGAGUCAGUUGUCGACGACAACCCCUCAGAAGACCUUGCGCGUCAGACCUCACAUGUCUACACUAACACCCUUGACAAUCCAAUAUGGCUCCCUCGCCGAUCAACAAGCUCGGGCGGUGUCGGCGCACGUAUCCAUCGCGGCCUGGCAAGCGAGAAAGAGAUGACUCUGCUUGGAUGCUGCCGGAACUUCCCCAAGGCGAUCAUGUGGUCUUUUCUUCUCUUCCUUACCGUCGUCAUGGAGGCUUAUGAUAAAUCCCUCAUCUCUGGCUUCCUUGCCUUUCCGUCCUUUAGACGCCGGUACGGAGAACCGAGGCUGCCAGAGGCCGGUUCCGAUGGGAGACGAGACUAUGAGAUAUCGCCACUGUGGCAAAUGGGGCUCCAGAAUGCUGCCGUGGGUUGCGAGAUUAUAGGCCUUCUUGCCCAUGGUUACAUCUCAUAUGCGAUUGGAUACCGCAAGAUGAUGAUUGUCGCGCUUGUGUGGAUGUGUCUUGCAGUAUUCCCAGCUUUCUUCGCUCACAAUAUCGCACUGCUACUUGCAUCCCAAGCUCUCUGUGAUAGUUCUCAAGGCUUGUCAUGGGGCGUCAUCCAAACUUUGGCAGCGACCUAUGCUGCUGAAGUAGUGCCAUCAGUUAUUCGAGCCGCCAUCCUCAGCAAUGUCAAUAUGUGCUGGCUUAUUGGCCAGCUCAUGGGCACUGGAAUACUGCGAGCGCUUAUCAAGAACACGUCAGAUUGGUCGUAUCGCCUACCCUUUGCCCUGCAAUGGGCAUGGGCGGUCCCACUGCUGUUUGUUAUUUAUUUCGCCCCUGAAAGUCCUUGGUGGUUAAUCCGACAUGAGAGACUAUCAGAAGCUCGACAUUCACUGCAGAGACUCACGAGCAACAAGCACAUCGACAUCGAAGAUACAAUCGCCAUCAUGCAGCACGUUGAUUCAACAGAGAAGCAACUCGGAUACGGUGGCGCGAGCUUUCUGGAUCUUUUCAAAGGCUGCAACCGCCGCAGGACCGAAGUGUGCUGUAUGACCUGGUCCUGCCAAGCCCUAUGCGGUGCCACCUUGACCGGGUAUGCCCCAUACUUUCUAGAACAAGCAGGCUUCGAAUCCUCCAAGUCAUUCACUCUAGCUACGGGAAUGUAUGGCCUCGGCAUCUUGGGCGGCAUGAUAUCCUGGGUACUACUAUCGAUGAUCGGAAGGCGGAGGCUCUACCUAGCAGGCUUGGUGGCUGCAUUUCUGAUUCUCACCACAGGCGGCAUCCUGUCCAUUAUCCUGGCCAACCACUCAUCGCUGAACUGGGCUCUUGGGUCUCUGAUUAUCCUGAUGACCUUUACUUACAAUAUGUCCAUUGGCCCGGCUUGCUAUGUAAUCGUGGCCGAGAUACCUUCAACAAGGCUUCGGGUCAAGACCAUUGCCCUCGCAAGGAUCGUGUACAACUUCUUCACUAUCAUCAAUAACAUUGUCGCGCCGCAGCUUUUGAACCCGACUGCAUGGGACCUGGGUGGUAGGUCUUGUCUGGUGUAUGCUGCUACGUCUUUCCUUUGUCUUAUAUGGUGCUAUUUUCGGCUUCCUGAAACAAAGAAGCUAUCAUAUUUGGAAUUGGAUAUUCUUUUCGACAAGGAGGCUCCUACAGCCAAGUUCAAGGAACUACAAGAUAGACUUGCCAAUUCGGCGUAUAUCUCUGUAUCAAAGGCAGAGCGGAUCAGGAAUGCUUGGCAUGGUUGGCUGGCUUAUUCCUAG